GUGCGAUCCACCUAAGUCACCAUGGAACGCCGCAAAAAUACUAGUACGACUGGAAUUUGGUUCUUUAAAAGUAAAGCUAUAAUAGCUACGCUAUUGUUCGUAGAUAACCAUAACCUCUUCCAUCGAACUAAAGAAUGGCACCAGUGUGUAAAAUCAAGAGGUUUUUGCUAUCCACUUUCUCUCUGUGGUUACCAGGGUCGGAUAUAUUCGCUUCCGCCCGUACGAAGAGGACUACUUUGACGACCACCUCACUCCGCACCCGCUCCACACAGCUCUCUCGUUCCUUCCUUACCGCAAGAGCAAGACAGAAACGGUCUACUACAUCUACAUCAACAGCAGCAUCUUCUCGAGUGAAGAAGGCCAAGUCUAUCUUCGCGGAUGAAGUGUACGAGAUCCCUGAGGAUCGUUGCAGCUGUGGGUGCUGCGUUGUGACUGAGGUUUCGAAAAAACUGGCAUGCCGAAGAAUUUCGCUGAUUGAAGAUCCUAUGUGCGGCAAGAAGGAAGAGUGCACUGAAGUGGGACCUGGUAAGCGGCCAUUAGGGGGACCGACGAUCAGAAGAUAGUUAAUGUUAUCGUGCUUUCAGGAUUUAUUCACUAUCAUAUGCUUCGGUUUGCUGGUUCCUUUUCCAGAAAUCAGGGUUCUCCUUUUUGGUUAUAAGUGGACGCUAUAAGUAUAACCUGGAGACGGGAGAAAAGCCUGCAGGAGGUGCUUAUGGGCUUUUCCCUGACCUCACCUGUUCCCCUUCUUGGGGGGUGCACUAUCCUAGUUGCGCCGCUUGUAAAGAUAAGGGAGGACGACAGACGAUCAGAAGAUUGUUAGAUGUUUGAGACUGAGAAGACCUUUUGACGAGGCUGUGUCUUUAGUCCAAAAUUAAGGAGGCCUCUCUUUAGGUUCCUACGCCCCAACGAAGCAGACACUCUACGACGUAUAUUGCGCCACUUAUUGCAGUGUCCCGGACGCCGGCGGCACCUCCAAUGCGGAACGAUCUGCUCUGAAUAAUGCGUAUUUUUUAUCGGGCCAGGGAGCGGGGUGGACGCAUUAUGAGAAGAGAGCAAGGAGUUCUUAUAGACGUAAAAAUAUAACUACUUACAUUGAUUUUCUUAAUGAUCUUGUGUCUACACAUUUUCCCAAAAGGCUGCAAAAAAGAACACCACGACCAUGCGCUGCAGGAUGCAUCUUCUACCUCUAACCCCCAAAGCUCGGCAACGGCGUAUCUGUCGGAAACGGUGGCGCGGCUCCGCAGGCAGCGUGUGUACCAAAUGAGGACCUUCUGGCGGUUUCAAACGAAGUCAAGCACACAGGACUCAAAAGUGAAGAGUUUGAUGAUAGUGUCACAAAAGUUUUUGGUUUUUUCGGGUUUCAGAGGUGAUGACGAUUCAUCUAGUACCAGAAUCAUUCUGGUUGUAAUGGCUGCUUCCAGCGAGCAGAUUUACUUCGAACUGUACAGGAUGUAAGUACCAGAAAAUGUUGUAUAGAACAAGAACCACUGACAGUUAGACCUACAACAGUUUGAUGAUGUACAGAGGAUGUUUUAUUUUGAUUUUGAUAGCUUCAAGAAGCUGUAGCCUUCGUCAAUCGCACGACCUGGACCGCUGAUUUCCGCAACAACUGUGGACGGUGAGAGCAUGACUUUGAGAGAUGUGGACCCGAGACAAAAGAUAAAAA